AUGUCUUUUCAGUUCGUCGACAAUGCUGCAAUUGAUGACAAGACCAGAAAAUUGAUACGCAGUCACGCUGCCAAGGGCAAGAGUGCUGGCAAAGGACGUGCCCGAAGAAGACCGCACCAAACCCCAGAGCAGCCAACGCGCGACUCGAGGGAUGCCAACACCCAGCUGGAAUGUGUAGACACGUCUCAGGAUGAAAAUCUUACCCUCGAGCGACCUUGGUACGAUGGUGUUUCCCUAUUGGGCGUGUCUUUUCAGAUGAGCUCUAGAACCAAGAAUCAAUUCAGUCGAGGUGACGACUCCCGUUCCCGAUCAAUCUGCUACUGUAAAUUCUGA